AUGAUACUACAAACUAUGCUGCAUACGAUACACAGGACUGCGAAUACUGUUCAUCUACUACGACGUUCCGCAAACGCAUUUUCCACCAAAACUGCCGCCCUACCCAAACACAAGUUCAAACAUCGCGAUUCAUUUGAAGAUUUAUUCAUAUACAAAACCCUAUCAUCGUCUAAAUCACAAGAGAAUGAACUUAUCAAAUGCACAAUAUUCGACAACAAGGGCCAAAUGACACAUCAUGGGAAAGACGUACUCAAAUCCGAAUUCAUGAAGCAAUAUAACUUGGUACCUCGAGAUUUCCGGAAAUUGUCAAAGCAUACAUCGGCAUCAACAGGAGCAGCAUCCGCUAGCAGUAUGCCGCCAUCUUCCACCAUGCACAAUAUCGAACUCGUUCCCAGCUUAGUGAUCCGAAAGAACUGCAUCAUGUUGAACUUGCUCAAUGUGCGAGCGCUUGUCCAAAAGGACCAAGUCACGAUAUUUGACUCUUACUCGUCGGCAUAUUCAACCAAGAAUGAAAGUCAUUCACAACUGCAGCUUUUCAAGCUUUUGGAAAAUGCACUCAAGGACACAAACUCAACUCCACACCACAACCUACAACAAAAACAUCAACAGCAUCAACAACAUCAACAUGAGCAACUACAAGAGACGGAAUACUACGAAUUUCGAGCCUUGGAAGCAAUUUUAAUCCACGUGAUAUCCAACCUUACAACCGAAAUGAAGGUCCACAAAACCAUCCUCACCAACGUCCUUUCGGGCCUCGACCAAAGUAUAGAACGGUACAAACUUCGAUACUUGCUCAUCCAAUCAAAAAAACUCGCCCAAUUUCAACAAAAGGCAACACUAAUCCGCGACUUGCUUGAAGAUCUUCUUGAGUGCGAUGAUGAAUUGAACGAUAUGUACCUAACUGACCCCAGGACUGGUACAAAUCACGCCCAGAUUGAAAUGUUGCUUGAGUCGUACUACAAGACCUCGGACGAGAUUGUGCAAACGGUUGACAAUUUGCGAUCGCAGAUUAGAACCACGGAGGAGAUUAUUAACAUUGUGUUGGAUUCGAAUCGGAAUGAGUUGAUGUUGUUGGGGUUGAAGUUCUCCACGGGGCUUUUGUCGAUGGGGGUUGCUUUGUAUCUUGCUGCUUUGUACGGAAUGAAUUUGGAGAAUUUUAUAGAAGAGUCAGAUGGUGGGUUUGAGUUUGUUGUUGUUGCCUCGAGUAUUGCUCUUGCGGUGUUGUUGUAUGUAUGUGUCAAGAAGAUUAAGAAAGUGGAAAAGGUUACAAUGAUGAAUUUUAAAGGUCAGAGGAGAUAG